CAGGUCUCAGGAGAGAGGAUGCUCCAUGACUUUCACACCUUCCACCUCAAGCUCUUGAACUCCUGGGACCGGCUGCUUGAGUGCUGAAAGGUUGUGAAUACCCUGCAUCUGAGAAAUCAGACCAGACUGACUCACAGGGCUCUGUGAGCCAGUGCCACAGAGGCUGCCAAAGCAUGCUGGUGCCAAGCUGUCCCACCAUGCACACAGCCACUCUGCUGCUGCCACUGCUCCUGGGCCUGCUCCUGCACCUCGCCGACGCUCAAACACCACCAAAGUUUUUAAGAACCCCCAAUGACCAAACAGGCGUGCAAGGAGGCGUGGCCUCUUUCAUUUGCCAAGCCACAGGAGACCCUCGGCCGAAGAUUGUGUGGAACAAGAAGGGGAAGAAAGUCAGCAACCAGAGAUUUGAGGUGAUAGAGUUCGACGACGGAUCUGGUUCAGUGCUCAGAAUUCAGCCAUUGCGCACGCCCCGAGAUGAAGCCAUAUAUGAAUGCGUUGCCUCCAAUAGUGUUGGAGAGAUCAGCGCAAACACCAGACUCACUGUUUUACGUGAGGACCAAUUGCCCCAGGGUUUCCCCACCAUAGACAUGGGCCCACAGCUCAAGGUGGUGGAGCGGACUCGCACUGCCACCAUGCUCUGUGCCGCUAGUGGUAACCCGGACCCAGACAUCUCCUGGUUCAAAGACUUUCUGCCCGUCAAUACCACCAACAACAAUGGACGCAUUAAACAGCUCCGAUCAGGAGCGCUGCAGAUCGAGCAAAGCGAAGAAUCUGACCAGGGCAAGUAUGAAUGUGUGGCUACCAACAAUGAUGGCACGCGCUACUCCGCUCCAGCUAACCUAUAUGUCAGAGUCCGCCGGGUGCCACCGCGUUUUUCUAUCCCACCCACUGACAAUGAGAUCAUGCCGGGCGGGAGUGUCAAUAUCACGUGCGUGGCUGUGGGGUCGCCCAUGCCGUACGUCAAGUGGAUGCUGGGGGCAGAGGACCUGACGCCGGAAGACGACAUGCCCAUCGGACGCAACGUGCUGGAGCUCACCGAUGUCAGACAGUCGGCCAACUACACCUGUGUGGCCAUGUCUACGCUCGGAGUGAUAGAGGCAGUGGCGCAGAUCACAGUCAAAGCAUUGCCCAAGGCUCCUGGCGUCCCCGUUGUGACCGAGCGAACAGCCACGAGCAUCACCCUCACAUGGGACUCCGGGAAUCCCGAGCCGGUCACCUAUUACAUCAUUCAACACAAGUCCAAGUAUUCCGACGACAACUACAAGGAGAUUGAUGGAGUCGCCACCACACGGUACAGCGUAGGGGGCCUUAGUCCGUAUUCCGACUACGAGUUCAGAGUGGUAGCAGUUAACAACAUUGGAAGAGGGCCACCCAGCGAAAUCAUCGAAGCCAAAACCGCCGAACAAGCACCAAGCACGGCCCCAAAGCAGGUUCGCGGGCAUAUGUUGAGCGCCACGACUGCUGUUAUCCACUGGGACGAACCGGAAGAACCCAACGGACAGAUCACGGGAUACAGGGUCUACUAUACCAUGGACUCAACGCAACAUGUUAAUCUAUGGGAGAAGCAAAUAGUCAGAGGGUCCAACUUCGUCACUAUCCAAGGUCUCAUUCCCAAUAAAACCUACUACAUCAAAGUACUGGCUUACACUUCAGUGGGUGAUGGACCUCUUUCACCGGAUCUCCAGAUCAUAGCCAAAACAGGAGUUCCCUCCCAACCGACUGACUUCAAAGGGGAAGCCAAAUCAGAAACAAGCAUCUUACUUUCAUGGGUCGCACCAGCUCAGACUGGACAGGAGAACCAGAUCACAGGAUAUGAGCUGAUGUACAGGAAGAGGGACGACAAAGAGGAGAAACGCAUCAGUUUUGAACCCACUACCACGUACCUGCUGAAGGACUUGAAGCCCUUCACAACUUAUACUUUCCGGCUGGCUGCUCGCAGUAAACAUGGAGUGGGAGCUUACACCAACGAGAUCUCUGCUGAAACCCCUCAGACACAGCCCUCUGGCCCGCCACAAGACAUCCAGUGCUUCAGCCCCACCUCCACCAAGAUCCUGGUAAGUUGGCGGCCACCUUCAAUGGACUUACAAAAUGGGAUUAUAACCAAGUACGCCGUCCAAUACACCGCCAUUGAUGGAGAGGACACUACAAUGCACCAAAUCGACAACAUCCCCCCCGAAACUACUCAGCACCUUUUGGAAAAUCUGGAAAAAUGGACUGAGUACCGCAUCACCGUGACCGCCCAUACAGAUGUGGGAUCGGGCCCGGAGAGCUUACCUCAACUGGUCCGGACAGAGGAGGACGUUCCUAGCGGGCCACCUCGUAAAGUUGAGGUGGAGGCUGUCAACUCCUCAUCAAUUAAAGUGAUCUGGCGUUCACCGACGCCCACCAAGCAGCACGGUCAGAUCCGAGGGUACCAGGUGCACUAUGUCAGGAUGGUUAAUGGGGAGCCCACAGGACAGCCAGUCAUCAAGGACAUCCUGAUUGAUGACGCCCAGACGGAAUAUGAUGAUUCAACUGAACAUGAAAUGAUCAUUUCAGAGCUGCUGGCUGAGACCACGUACUCAGUGACAGUGGCCGCCUACACCACAAAAGGCGAUGGUGCACGCAGCAAGCCCAAACUGGUCACCACCACUGGAGCAGUUCCAGAAAAACCCAGACUCAUGGUCAGUACCACCAACAUGGGCACGGCUCUCCUGCAGUGGCACCCCCCUGCCUCCACUCACGGGCCCCUACAAGGAUACAGGCUCAGAUUCGGACGCAAAGAUGUAGAACCCCUCACGGUUAUUGAAUUCCCCGAGCGCGAAAAUCACUAUACUACCAAAGAGAUCCACAAGGGGGCCUCCUAUACCUUCCGCCUUUCUGCUCGCAACAAGGUGGGCUUCGGCGAGGAAACGGUAAAAGAAGUUACGACCAAUGAGGACGUACCGAGCGGCUACCCUCAGAGCAUAUCAGCAGAGGGCGCCACCACGUCCACAGUUCAAGUCAACUGGCAUCCCGUGUUACUCGCCGAACGCAACGGGAAAAUUGUGAAAUACGCGCUGCAAUACAAGGACAUCAACAGCCCGCGCAGUCCGUCUGAACUCUUCAUCACCGCCCCAGAGUCCACAGUCGUCCUCGACGGUCUAAGGGCUGACACCACUUAUGAUAUUAAAAUGUGUGCCUUCACCAGCAAAGGCUCUGGCCCCUAUAGUCCUAGUGUUCAAUUCAGGACACAGCCGUUGGAUCAAGUGUUUGCAAAAAAUUUUCAUGUGAAAGCUGCCAUGAAGACAUCCGUGCUGCUGACUUGGGAGAUUCCAGACACCUACAAUCCAGCUCAACCGUUCACCAUCCUUUACGACAACGGGCAGAGCGUGGAGGUGGAUGGGAAGCUCACGCAGAAGCUGAUAACUGGGCUACAGCCUGAGACGCAGUAUUCGUUCCUUCUGACCAAUCGCGGGAACAGCGCAGGAGGUUUGCAGCACCGCGUCUCCACCAUGACGGCUCCAGAUGUUCUCCGCACCAAACCCUACCUGAUCGGGAAGACCAACUCGGACGGUAUGGUGACUGUGGAGCUGCCAUCGGUGCAAACGUCUGAGCGAGUCAGGGGCUAUUAUGUUGUUGUUGUACCUCUGAGAAAACAACGGACUGGCAAGUUUUUCAAGCCGUGGGAGAAUCCUGAUGAGAUGAACUGGGAAGAGCUGCUAAAAGAAAUCAACAGAACGAACAGAGAAUUUCGUUUUCGGAGGCAAAUUGAACCUAAAGCCUACAUCGCGGCCUACUUCAAAGACCUGCCCAAAGACUUCACGCUGGGAGAUGGGAAGAUGUACGGGGAAUUUGAAAACAAGCAACUUCAGAACGGACAGGAGUACAUCUUCUUUGUUGUGGCAGUCGUGGAGAUGUCUGAAAAUAUCAUGUAUGCCACAAGUCCCUACUCCGACUCUGUGGUCUCGGCGGACAUCGACCCCCAACCGAUAAUCGAUGAAGAGGAGGGUCUGAUCUGGGUGGUGGGGCCCGUGCUAGCCGUAGUCUUCAUCAUAUGCAUCGUGAUCGCCAUCCUCCUUUACAAGAGAAAAAGAGCAGAAGCAGAAGCACGUAAAGGCAGCCUCCCCAACAGCAAAGAAAUGCCCCUGCACCAUCCCACCGACCCCGUGGAGCUACGACGCCUCAACUUCCAAACUCCAGGUUCAGGUGCGUCCAGUCACCCCAGUAACCUCCAUUUGUCAAGUAUGGCCAACCACCCUCCCAUCCCAGUCAUGGACCUGGCGGAUCAUCUGGAGCGACUAAAAGCCAACGACAACCUCAAGUUCUCACAAGAGUAUGAGUCCAUUGACCCUGGGCAGCAGUUCACCUGGGAGCAUUCCAACCUGGAGGUCAACAAACCAAAGAACAGAUACGCCAACGUCAUCGCCUACGACCAUUCCCGGGUCCUUCUGUCUGCUAUUGAUGGCAUUCCUGGGAGCGACUACAUCAACGCCAACUACAUCGACGGCUACAGGAAGCAGAAUGCGUACAUCGCCACCCAGGGCCCCCUGCCAGAAACCUUCGGAGAGUUCUGGAGGAUGAUCUGGGAACAGAGGAGCGCCAUUGUGGUGAUGAUGACGAAGCUGGAGGAGAGGUCCAGGGUGAAAUGUGACCAGUACUGGCCCACCCGAGGCACAGAGACCUACGGCCUCAUCCAGGUCACUCUGCUGGACACAGUGGAGCUGGCCACAUACUGCGUCAGGACGUUUGCGCUUUUCAAAAAUGGCUCGAGUGAGAAGCGCGAGGUGAGACAGUUCCAGUUCACCGCCUGGCCGGACCAUGGCGUCCCCGAACACCCCACUCCUUUCCUGGCCUUCCUCCGGCGAGUCAAAGCCUGCAACCCUCCAGACGCCGGGCCCAUGGCUGUACACUGCAGUGCCGGCGUGGGUCGCACAGGCUGCUUCAUCGUGAUUGACGCCAUGUUGGAGCGCAUCAAGCACGAGAAGACGGCGGACAUUUACGGUCAUGUGACGCUAAUGCGAGCUCAGAGGAACUACAUGGUGCAGACAGAGGACCAGUACGUCUUUAUACAUGACGCACUCUUGGAGGCCGUCAACUGCGGCACCACCGAAGUGCCCGCUCGAAACCUCUAUGCCUACAUCCAGAAACUGACGCAGAUAGAAGGAGGGGAGAACGUCACCGGCAUGGAGCUGGAGUUCAAGCGUUUAGCAAACACUAAAGCCCAUACAUCGAGAUUCAUCAGUGCCAACCUACCAUGCAACAAGUUCAAAAACCGCCUUGUUAAUAUUAUGCCAUACGAAUCCACACGAGUGUGUCUUCAGCCCAUACGAGGAGUCGAGGGCUCCGACUACAUCAAUGCUAGCUUCAUCGAUGGCUACAGGCAACAAAAAGCCUACAUUGCCACACAGGGGCCGCUGGCAGAGACCACUGAGGACUUCUGGAGGAUGCUCUGGGAGCACAACUCCACCAUCGUGGUCAUGCUAACCAAGCUUAGAGAAAUGGGCAGGGAAAAGUGUCACCAGUACUGGCCCGCAGAGAGGUCGGCCAGAUACCAGUACUUUGUGGUGGACCCAAUGGCCGAGUAUAAUAUGCCCCAGUACAUCCUGAGAGAGUUCAAAGUGACUGACGCCAGGGACGGCCAGUCACGGACGGUAAGGCAGUUCCAGUUCACAGACUGGCCCGAACAAGGAGUGCCAAAAUCAGGAGAGGGCUUCAUCGACUUCAUUGGCCAAGUGCAUAAAACGAAAGAGCAGUUUGGCCAAGAUGGGCCUAUUUCGGUCCAUUGUAGCGCUGGUGUGGGGAGAACCGGCGUUUUCAUCACACUCAGCAUCGUGUUGGAGCGGAUGAGAUACGAGGGCGUAGUAGACAUUUUUCAGACCGUCAAAAUGUUACGGACGCAGAGACCAGCGAUGGUUCAGACAGAGGAUCAAUACCAGUUCUGUUACCGUGCCGGCUUGGAAUACCUGGGAAGCUUUGAUCACUAUGCAACGUAAGAGAGCCAGUACUGGGAAGACAAAAGCAGAGAGGGCCCUUCGGAUAAGCAGCAAGCCUCUCUACUGAGCCAUAAAUUCCUGCUUCUGAAAGAACUUCUUAACUCCUUGCUAACAACUCAUUGUGUGUUGGAUGUGACGUCAAAAAAUACAAAAAAGUUUAUUACCAGAGGACCAAGUACAAUAUAACCCCGACAAAACUUGCCUAGUCGCAAAGUGUUACGAAUCCUGACUGUUGAAGCAUCUCACGGAUCGGAAGUACCUUUUCUUUUGCUUCAAGGAUUCAUUUGGGAGAGUCAUGAACCAACACAAAAAAGUUUAACGAACUCAAAAUGCAUCAGUGAUUAUGAACCAUUAACGAGAGGUACGGAGGGACACCGAACUGCUGGGGAGGAAAAACUGAAAAAUGCACAUUGUAAAGAAAAUUAACUCAAUCAAAUACAUAACAUUGAAAAUAAAGAAGAUGACAACACUGCUUGGUCCAUGACAGCAGGACAAGUAAUAAUAAUUCCUGUCACAAUGUUCAUCUUUCAAAUGUGGGAGAGGGUCAUCAGAGAUCUAUCAAACAAAUGAAAUUAUUGAUUUAGUUUUUUAGUACUUUAUUAUACAGCUGAUAUGUGCAGAUUUCCUUUUUUACACAGAAUUAUCGCUUCGAAUCAAGUGAUAAAUUGUAUUAUGUAUUUUUUAUUUUACGCUGUAGAACUGUUCUGACAUAUGUGCGUUUUUCGGCAGAGAAUCUUUUCGCUUUUUAUGUUAUUUUCCUCCUUCACUUUGUCGCACUUAUAGGAAUGAAAUUUACUACCAAAAUGUAACAAUUUAGUAUUAUUUUGUGGUUCAUUUUUAUGUUUUUGUCCAUUACCAUAAUAGAAUAACUCCCAUAAAUUUAAACCGGGCUUUGUGGAAUCAACAGGGAUGAGCAAAGUAUGAAGCUGCUGCUAUUAUCUUAGUUCUUCCAUGUAAGAAUGAUCUUAAGGGUUAACUUGAUGUAUUGGAUAAUAUAUGAGCAUAGAAAUAUAUACAGAUGUUAAAAAUAUGUAAUAUAUAUGUAAAAGUAUACAUAUACUAUUUAAAUAUAUUCAUAAAUGACUAAUUUAUAUACAGAAAGAUGUUUUAAUGACGAUUGUCUGAGAAGGUUUCCGUAAAUUAUGGGGGAAAAGAAGAGAUACUUCACUGGAAUGCACAUCAAAAUGUAAUCCGAAUGAGUGCAUCUUUUCUUGUGCAAUAAAUGUGUUUUUUGAUAGUUUUUAUUUUUUUUUCCCAUGACAUUACAGUUCCCUUGUGCAUCGCAUCACACAGUCUAUAAUUAAUUGGGGUUACGCAAUAGGGCAAGGUACAGAGACCAUCAACAAAUGUUUCUUUUUGCAUUUAGAGUGCCUUAUAUUUAUGCCUGUUCUUUCUUUUAAUGUAAUCUAGAUGUUAAGUGUAAAAAAAGUAGUUUAUUUACAUAGAGUAUUCCUUUGUCAUACGAGAUUAUAUAUGCAAAUAAGAACAUUUUCAACCUUUCAUUUUCAGUGGCCUUAUAGUGGCUGAGUGAAUUAGAAUAAGCUGUUUAUAUUUUUCCUGAACCUCCUCACCACACGAGGACGCAAUAGUUUCCAGACAUUUUCGGAGUUUUUUUGUUUGUUUUUGUUUUGGAAAAUAUAAAGAUGAUGAUGAGAGGCAGAGGAACGCAUUCAGGCCCUGGUUAAGAUUCACACAAACGCCUCACCAAAGGGUUCCUUCUUCUUCAUGCCUUAGGUUGCGGAGAGCAGAGGAAAAGAGAAUAGUGACUGAUUCUGUUAAGCUGACAAUCCUCACGUAGCGUUGGAGAAAUAACACGCGGUUUCGUUGGGUUUAUUUUAUGCUGUUUGAUGGUUUUGGGGAUGUGCAUUCCAGGUGCUUUCUUUCCCUACUCAAGCCACUUUUAUUUGUUCUGUCUGCUUAAAGGAACCCUAUUAUGCAUUAUCAGAGUUUUUAAGCUUAUAUUUUGUUUUUAUCACACUGAAAUUUCCUCGUUUAACAUGUGUACGCCUACAUAGUUAAAAAUCUGAUCACUGAAAACCAGAAAUGUUACAUAGCGGGCUUUAAUCUACAAAGUGUUCGCCUGCUAUCUUGGAUUGACAGAAAGAAUGGUAAAAUCAUACAUAGCAAUUAUCAAAAGAAAGACAACUGCAAUAAAUAUAGCAUUUUUCUUAGUUAAAAUUACAAUUGUACAGUUCAAAAAAACUUGACAAAAGCAUAAUAGGGUGCCUUUAAUGUUUUAUUUUGGUCAUAAUUGUAAAAUCAAAGUGCUGUUAUGUAUCGUCUCAAAUGUCCAUAUUAGAAUCUGUCUUUAAACAUU